AAAAAAAGCAAAUAGAUUCAAAAGGGAAAUACCGAAUACAUUCCGAUCAAAAUACUCAAACAAUAAAUACUUGAAUGCAAGUACACUUCCACAGUUGUGAUUUGUGAACGACGACAACCACCACCACCGCUACUAUAUCAAUCUACAAUAAAUGAAGGACCUGAGAACCACUUCUUCUCAAUUCAACCAUACCCACAUCCAAGCCAAGCUUCACUUUUAUCGUACCAAUUAUGGCGGAUCUCAGCCAUCGCACUGAGAUCUCCUUUGCCGGAACCUUCAUUAGCAGCGCCUUCGCCGCUUGUUUUGCCGAGAUAUGUACAAUUCCUCUAGACACUGCCAAAGUUCGGCUUCAACUUCAAAAAAGAGCGGUAUUGGGAGAAGGUGGUGCAUCUAAGUACAAGGGUCUUUUAGGUACCGUUGCCACUAUAGCCAAAGAAGAAGGUUUACUUGCACUUUGGAAAGGUAUUAUACCUGGAUUACAUCGCCAAUUUAUAUAUGGAGGCUUAAGGAUCAGUCUUUAUGAGCCUGUCAAGGCUUUUUGUGCGGGCAGUAUCAUUCUUGCAGACAUUUCAUUAUUCCAGAAGAUAGUUGCUGCUUUGAUUACAGGUGCUAUAGCGAUUUCGUUGGCUAAUCCAACCGAUCUAGUGAAAGUUCGGCUUCAAGCGGAAGGUAAAUUACCACAUGGCGCACCCCGACGCUACUCUGGUGCUCUAAAUGCCUACUACACCAUAUUGAAGGAGGAAGGACUAGUGGCUCUCUGGACUGGUCUGGGCCCAAAUAUCGCUAGAAAUGCUAUUAUUAAUGCAGCAGAACUCGCUAGCUAUGAUCAAGUGAAACAGAGCAUUUUGAAAAUUCCAGGGUUCACGGACAAUAUAUUAACUCAUCUACUAGCCGGUUUAGGUGCAGGAUUCUUUGCGGUGUUGAUUGGUUCACCUGUUGAUGUGGUGAAGUCUAGAAUGAUGGGAGAUUCAAUCUACAAAAGCACUGUUGAUUGUAUGGUUAAAACCUUGAGAGUUGAGGGAGCCCUCGCUUUCUACAAGGGAUUCCUUCCAAAUUUUGGUCGGCUAGGAUCCUGGAACGUUAUAAUGUUCUUAACUCUUGAGCAAGUAAAGAAAUUAUUCAUGUGGGAAGUUUGAAUUCCCGGAAUCACUAGUUCCUCAACGUUCUUUUCCGUUCUUUGGAGAUAGUUAUGGUGUCGGUUUUCUUGGAGCUGGACAAUCAUAUUAUCCGUCACACUUUUAGAAUUUAUAGGUGAUGGAUAUUAAACUCGAACCUUAUCUAUUGUGGGAUUUGCUGGGCUGGUUUGAUUUAGUUAGCGAAUGCGAUUCAAAAGUUAUGAACAAUAUAGUUGUAUUUUUUAUUGUUUCCAGAAUCUGGAAACAAUGGAACUUGAACUUAUGACAUUCAAAUGAACUUUCGAUGUC